AUGUCUGAUUCUGAUAAAAAGCAUGAAUUAUCCCAGCCAUUAAAUGUUCCACGAACCGGUCGUUCAUCACGUUACCGUACUCAAUCGACAGGAAGUUUAAGUUCAUCACUCGGAUCACCUGGUGGCAAUGUUAACGGUUCUUACAGUAAAAAAUCGACGAGUAACAAUAGUUCGAACAGCAACACCAACACUCUCUCAUUGUCAACAUCAAACGCAUCGGCAAUCGGCAAUACAAGUGGCGGUGGUAACAACGGUACAUUACCACAAUUUGAUGAAAAACAUGCUGCUGCGGGCAAUAUUUUUGAACAUCGUCAAGACUGGUCUAUUUUAAAUCGCCUACCAUUGCAUAAACGAAAUGCUAUUCAUAUACGAUUAGAAGAUGAAGGUCCAUAUGGUAAUGAUGAAACGCGUUGUUUUGUACUAUCACAGUUAAGUAUCGUGGGUUGUACAGAACUAAAUUGUAUCGUAUGUCAUCAGCCAAUGAUUGUUUAUGAUCGAUAUCCAUUAGUUGAUGGUACAUUAUUUUUAAGUCCUGUAAAACAUAGUGAAAAUCCAAAAGUAUCUGUUGGCGUAUAUCAUAAUGAUCGGCAAUUAUAUUUACAUUCAAUAUGUUUGGAUUGUCUGUCGAUGCGAACUGUACUAGCUGUAUGCCGUUCAUGUAAAACAAAAUUUAAUUUUGAUCCAUUGAUUAUCGGUACUAUGUAUUAUUACGAUCUAUUUGCCGCUUUUCCGUGUUGUCAACAACGUUUGCAAUGUUCAUCGUGCGGUCAUAUAAUUAUCCAAAUUAAAGACGGUUUACAAUAUUUUAGUGCAUAUAGUCAAGAAUAUGAAUGUACACAAUGUGGUUCGAAACAAUGUCAUUUUGUCAAAGUAUUCGAUGAUACAUUUGAAAAACGACAAAUUCAAAAAACAUGA